AUGCAAUCUGACGAAGUUAUUUGGCAAGUUAUUAAUCAACAAUUUUGUUCGUAUAAAGUCAGAACACCUACGGGGACCUUUUGUCGUAAUCCAUAUAAUGUUACUGGUCUUUGCAAUCGCCAAUCUUGUCCAUUAGCAAAUAGUAGAUAUGCUACGAUUAGAGAAGAAAAGGGUAUUAUUUACUUGUACAUGAAGACACCAGAACGUGCUCAUUCACCAGCAAAAAUGUGGGAAAGAAAGAAACUAUCAAAGAAUUAUGCACAAGCCUUAGCUCAGAUUGAUAAAGAGUUACAGUUCUGGCCAAACUUUUUAGUUCAUAAAUGUAAGCAGCGUCUUACCAAGAUUACGCAAUAUCUUAUUCGUAUGCGUAAAUUGAAGCUUAAAGAAAAACCACAAUUAAUUGGUAUCAAGAAGAAGUUGGAAAGACGUGAGGCUAAUCGUGAGCGUAAGGCAGAAGCAGCUGCACGAAUAGAGAAAUCAAUUGAAAAGGAAUUAAUUGAAAGACUAAAGAAUAAGGCCUAUGGUGAUGCACCAUUGAACGUUAAUGAAGAAAUUUGGCAGAAGAUUUUGGAUGAGGAGCUUGAAGGCGCUGAAGAAGAUGAAUCUGAAGAAGAAGAGGAAGAAGAAGAGGAAGAGGAUGAGGUAAAUGAAAACAGAAUUUAUAUUAUAUAA